UUUUCUUUCCUCUGCUUUUAUUCUCGAUUUUUCUCUCUCCAUCUCCCGAUCCUCAAUACCCUAAUUUCUUUUUCCCCUUCCCCUUUUGAUUAAUCCAUCGAAGCUUGCCAAUGGCCAAUAGUAAUCUCCCUCGAAGAAUCAUCAAGGAAACUCAGCGUCUCCUCAGUGAACCUGCUCCGGGAAUUAGUGCUUCUCCUUCUGAGGAUAAUAUGCGAUAUUUCAAUGUGAUGAUCCUUGGUCCCACACAGUCUCCAUAUGAAGGUGGGGUUUUCAAGUUGGAAUUAUUUUUGCCCGAAGAAUAUCCCAUGGCUGCUCCCAAGGUUCGGUUUCUUACAAGGAUAUAUCAUCCUAACAUUGAUAAGCUGGGGAGAAUAUGCCUUGAUAUUCUCAAAGACAAAUGGAGUCCAGCUCUCCAGAUCCGAACUGUACUUUUGAGCAUCCAAGCACUUUUGAGUGCUCCAAAUCCCGAUGAUCCGCUCUCUGAAAAUAUUGCUAAGCACUGGAAAACAAACGAGGUUGAAGCCGUCGAGACAGCAAAGGAAUGGACCCGUUUAUAUGCAAGCGGUGCAUGACGACGGGCGGAAUCAUUUGCGCUCAUAAAAUAGCAAUUUAUGCAAUGUAAGCUACUCAAUGCCAAAUUCAUAUGGAAAUUUGGUCGAAUGAUGUUUGAAAGAGUUUGAUACCUGUUAAAAAUCAUAAUCCUGUUGGAAGUAGUCUCUGAGCUUGUAUUAUAAUACACAUUUGUGAUCUAAAACUCCCAAAUGAAGAACUAUGGGAUUAUUCUAUAAUAUGGUUAUUUCUGAGUCCUGAUUUGA